AAACAUAGUCGCAUUCAUGACGUUGUUGACAUAUUUUUUUAAAAACAAAAUAUAAAACAUGUCACAAAAUUCAUAGUUUUUGAAAAAACUAAAUUUCAGUGUAACUGGACCGUUCCAAGCGUAUUUGAUACUCAAAAUUUUUGUUUGGAGAGUUACACUAAGAUAAUUUAAAUGGACGGGUCUACAGUGGACCACAGCGAUUCAGAUUCUGGAGAGAGUUGGACUCUUUUAGAACAUAGCCCUGCGUGUGAAGAAGAUGCUCCAGAAUUUUCGGAAAAUGUUAUGCCUGAACAAGUAAUUAUUGAUGCACAUCUUGAUAAAGAUGAAGACACGGAUGGAAUAUCUGUCAUCAGUGACAGUGAGCCAGAGUCAUCAACUCCUUGUGAAAUUAAUUAUGACAAAUGUCUUGAAGAAGAGAGCCGUCCAACAGAAACAACAGAUACUCAAUUUAUUUCGGUUAAUUCACUUGCUCCCAAUAUUGAGAAUCAUCAUGAAUCUAUAAGGUGUGAGAAUAAUUUUCUUGGAGAAAAUACAGGUAAACAUAAAACAUAUGUUCAUAGAAGGAACAAAAGGCUUAGCACAGUACUCAACAUUAUUAUGUUGGGGAGUGUCAUUACUGCUGCAGGAGUUGCUAUUGGCCACAUGUGGGGUGCUCGAAAUGAAUGUUCAGUGCAUACAACACCCUCAAUCAACAAAAUAUUGUCCAAUUUAUAUAAGCUGCAAGAAGAAAAUGCUUAUCUACGAAAUAAAUUGAAAGAACUUACACUUGUGAGCAGCAUCCAAAUGCAGAGAAAAUUAAAUGCAGAAAAGAUACCAUUCAAACAACAGAGAUGCAAAAAGAUAUAUGAGGAGCCACUCAACAGUAAAAAUACAGAACAAAUCACAAAAUGCAUAGAUGAUCAUAUCAAUAUUGAAAAAAUUUUAAACAGUCAUGUGAUACAACCAGAAUAUGAAAAGGAAUUUAUGAGUGACAUUGAGAAAUUAAAAAAUAUAUACCAGCAAAAUAAAAGUUGGUUGGAUGAUGAAGUUGCAAAAAGAAUGAAAAUAGAAGAACAAACAUUAAAAAAAAUGGUUAACAAUAUGAAAACACCAUUAACAAGUAUAAUAGAAGAGCAAAAAGUGAUACAAGAUGAAAAUGUCAAAGAGCAGACAGAUUUAAAUAGUUCAGGUGAUGCUGAACCAGUUCAACUAAAUGCUGAUAAUAAGGGCAUUCCAAAUGAACCUGAGAAAAAGUUUACCUAUGCUGACUCAUUAAAAUCUGGACAUAAAAUGCAAAAGAGAGAUACAAGUAGUACUUUAGGCAACUACAAAGAAACCAAAGAUCAUGCCAUAAAGCGAAAGAACAAAAAAGACCAUGAUGUUAUUUUAGACAUUUUAAGUGAAGAGGAACUAAAAAAAGAUGAUCGAUAUGUUAGCCCAAAAGUUAAACAAGACUUAAAAAAGCGUGACAGACAAAAACUGCACAAGAAACAGAAGAGGAGAAACAAGUAUGAACAAUGGGAAAUGAAAGGAGGUUACUUGAAAGACUAUGACGAAUUUUCAAUAACAUCAUCUCAAGAAAAUGAGUUUGUUCUUAAAAAACCAGAUAGGAAUGUUUUAAGUCGAGAUUUUGAAAAGAAAAACUAUAUUAGUCAGUUUUCAGAUAUGGAUGAAGAUCAAAAUAAUCCAAAUAAUAAGAAAAACGAAAGUAAGCCUUCGAAAUCCGAUAAAGCUAGUAAAAUAGUAAAAAAUGAUGAUUUAAAUUGGUUUGACAAGAGAGCCGUCCUUAGAACAGAAGCUCGAAAAAAACUGGAGCACGAGCUAUUUGGUGAGACAAGCCCCAACAACGCUGGUUGGUACUUCCGACGCAUGCAAAGGCGGGAACAGUGCCGUGCUAAAGGCGACAACAGCACUCAUAAGAAGCUUUCUAGAAGGAACAUGAAUUUUAAAAUGAAACAUUAAUAGUGUAGCAAUGUUGUUAUUUAUAAUGAAUUACUAACAAUUUCAACACUUACCUUUAGGUGUGUAGUUUAGAAUAGUUGCAGUCCUUGAAAUCUAAAUGUAACUUGACUAGUUUGAUUUAUCGCUGUUAUGUGGUCAAAUAUAUACUUGCAUAUGUAACAGAAAAUAAUAUAUAUUUUUUCAUUUCGCUUUACAUUAGAUAAUCAUAGAGAUAGAAAAUUAUUCAAUGUUUGGUCGCGUAACAGCGUAAAAUACACCAUAGUUAUAUUUUACGUCACUAUUUCUGACUUAUACCUACAAGCAAAGUAGUUUUAAAGUUUGCCAUGUUCUUAACUAUAAACACGAUUCAUAAAAUGCUACAACUUUAGUAUCAAAUAAUUCAGAAUUACUCUUUUUGAGCAUUUUAUUAUAAAAAUAUUUGCAUUUGCUAGAUAGAGUUUAGAGUAUACUUGUUGGAGUCAUUGAAUUGUUCAUGCAAUUUUUAAUACUAUUCUAUUUAUUUAUAUUAUAGUAUAACUAUCAUAUUUUUAUUAUACUUACCCUUAUGGACUUGCCUCCCGUGAUAAUUAGAAACAGUAUUUUCAAAAUUACCAGGUAAUAAAUACAUUUAAAAAUU